GCAGAGGCACAGGCGCGGGGCGCUUUCCGGCCCGGCGUAAUGGUGAGCCCCGUGUCUGCGUCUUGCCUAGCUCGGCUGGGCCUGGGCGGCAACAAGCGGUACCAGCGGAUCCGGCCCCCCCUCCCGCUGGUGCUGGACAACCGCGUGCUGGAGCGCCGGCAGGAGCAACCAGAGCGGCCGUGCUUGACAGAGAUGAUGUUGCUGAUGUCCUGCUGGAAGAAGAACGAGUUCAGCGACCCCCCAUGCGCCGGGGAGAUCCGGGCCUUCCACGACUGCCUCGCCAAGAGCAAGGAAAAGUUCACGGAACAGCAGUCUGUGGAAUACGUGCAUGACUUAACUCCAAAUCAAGUGAACAAACUAUUGAGGCGGUUCCCUAAUAUCACACAUGAAAUUUAAAGAGAAACCUGGUUGUCCAAGGAACUGGAGAGCUGCAAUCAAAGCCAGAAUCACCUUUGGAGAAAGAGUUAAAAAUAGAUAUGGAGCAUUUGAUGUUUAUGGGUUCUGUCAGAAUUGGUGAGGAGGUUCUUGACUGAAUUCUUGUUUUUGGGGUGCAGAGAUUUGGUGGAGAUGGUUCUAUAGGACCCCUGGCUCUUGUAGUAACAAGACAGGUGUUUCCUGUUGUUCAGCAAGCCAAACUGUAGAGUGGAAUCUUGUUUCCUUGUAAAAUAAAAUCUAACAAAUUA